CUAGCACAGACAAUUAGUUUUCAAGACCAAACAAUGCAUUCUUAUUGUUACACAAAAUUUGAGGACAUCUGAUGGAGAGCUAAAGAAAAAUUACUUGGAAUUGGGUGAAAUAUAAUUGAGUGAUGGAUAGACAUGAAUGGGUGCAUGUUUGCAAAAAUGGAAAUUAUUUCUGCUUUCACUGUCUGUGUAAAGGUUGUCCAAUCUCUUCAACCAGUUUGACAGAUCUGAGAAUCUCGCAAAGCAUAGAAUGGCUUAGUUUUGCCCAUUUGACCAGACUAUAAAACUCCUUUUUAAAUAUAUAAAAAAGUACUCUGAGAAAUGUUAUACUGUAUUUCUAUUAACUGUUAUCUCUCAAUGAAAUAUCUUUUUUAAAAUGAGUGGCUACGUUCUUUUUGUUUGGCCAUAGAUUUUGGAUACGAAGUCUUUCUAAUGACUGACACUAACUAAGUUAGCGUAAGAAGCUAAUAGCUGAGAAGCAUUAGUCAAUUCAUGCGUUCAUCAGUAAGAUCGAUCUACACCUCAUUGAUUUACAGCAUAUCUAAAAUUAGCCAUUCACUUAAUUUUUGCAUUAGGAACUCCGUUAGCCUCCCAGCAAGACCAAUAAAAAUAUCAGGUGUAGGUUCUUUUAACCUUUGAAGCAGUUACCAAACAUUUAAAAUGGCUGUGCUGCCGGUAAGGUUCACUAAAACUAAGAGGGAUAAACUGGCCCAUGUUCUGUGGGUGCUGAACUGGGUCUCCGUUGUAACAGGGAUCAUCCUGUUUAGUUUAGGCAUCUUUCUGAAAGUGGAGAUCCACAAACGGCAAGAUCUAGUGGCCAAGCGUCAACAUCAGUCUGUUCCAAACAUGCUUAUUGCUGUGGGACUUAUAGCCUGCGGAAUCAACUUUUUAGGAGGGAAGAUCUGCUAUGACUGUGUGGACACCAACAAGUUCUUGCGCUGGAAGUUGGUGAUGCUCCCGUACAUUAUUUGUACAUUUUUCUUCACUCUGAGCGUUUUUGUGGGGGCCAUGAUGUGCUACAGUAUGCAUGGACAGCUUGAUGAGUCACUUGCGCUGGGGCUACGUGAUGCUAUGCGCUACUACAAGGACAUGGACACGCCAGGUCGCUGCUUCUUGAAACGCAAGGUAGACCUGCUGCAGAUCCAGUUCCAGUGCCGUGGAAAUGAGGGCCAUAGAGACUGGUUCCAGAUCCAGUGGAUCAGCAACCGUUACCUGGACAUGUCUCAACGGGAAGUGGCAGACCGUCUACGCAGCAAUGUGGAGGGAAAAUACCUUAUGGAUGGAGUUCCCUUCAGCUGUUGCAAUGUCAACUCUCCUCGGCCAUGCAUUCAUAACCAAAUCACCAAUAACUCUGCCCACUUUAAUUACGACUACCAGACAGAGGAACUCAAUCUGUGGAUGAGGGGUUGUCGUCAGGCUCUGCUAGAUUACUACACCAACAUCAUGCACUCAGUUGGCCUAACUGUUCUCAUCAUCUGGCUCUUUGAGCUCUCUGUGCUUACGGGGGUCCGUUACCUCCAGACAGCCCUGGAGAACGUGCUGAGACAGGGGGACCCUGAGUGUGAGUCUGACGGGUGGCUCCUCGAGAACAGCUUUGUGGACACUGCUCGCUCUAAUUUCAACAUCAUCAAAAAUCUGGGCAAGUUCAACCAGAUCAACACAGCCAUCAAUGGAGAUCCAAACAUUGACAGACCAUCUACAGCACACUAUGGUCCAGACAAUGUGCCUCCAAAGGCUUUUCCCAUGGCCAGUUAGUCUUAGGCCAGAGUGUUCCUUUUCAUAAUCAGAAGUGUUAUGCAAGCGACAGAGGACUGGAAUGUGAUGCUAUAUCAGUGUAUGAGUUUUUAAAGUAUUGUUCUGACUGCCUGAAAAAUGAGAUGGCAUUGAAUUGUACAGCAAGAAUCAAGAAAGAGAUAACAACAUAAUAUGAGUUCUGUUUUAAUAUAAAGUGAAGGAACUGAAUAAGGAAAAAUGGAAUUGAGUAAUGUUUGAACAUGCAAAGGAAGGCUUACUGUCUACAGUGCAAAGCAACAUGAGGCCUUUAAAGUCUUGCACAAUAUUAAACUCUUAAACUGUCUCCCAUUAAGCAUGCAACAGUCUAAAUCUUAUCUUGCAUUUAGAGAUUGACUCGUGUGAAUAGUAUGAUUGUUGAAGUUGUUUAGAGCAAAAACUGUCCACUGUAGAUUUUUAAAGUCAACGUGAAUUGCCAUAUGAAACCCAUUUUGUGACAUAUUUCGAGAGAAACAGGAUAUUCAACAAGAAUGUAGGGUGUGACUUGAUUUUGUCCACAGGGAAUUGAUUUGAUUGUGAAAAGUGGGCAUUACAUACAGUAUCAGAAUGGAGCCACACAGAAUAGUUUGAUAAAACAAUUAAAAGGUAUAUUCCAGGUUCAAUACAAAAUUAAGAUCAAUCGACAGCAUUUGUGGCAUAAUAUUGAUUAUCACAAUUUAAUUUUGACACGUCCCUCCUUUUCUUUAAAAAAAGCAAAAAUGGAGGUAACAGGUUACAGCACUUACAAUGGAAGUGAAUGUGGCCAAUUAUUGGAGGGUUUAAAUGAGAAAUGUGAAGCUUAUAAUUGUAAAAAAGCACUUACAUUAAUUCUUCUGUUAAAACUCAUGUAUUAUUUGAGCUGUAAAGUUGUAUAUAUGGUCAUAUUACAGUCCUUUUAAGGUUUUAGGGUUUGUUGACAUUACAUCUUCAUGGCAAUGAAGUUGCAAAAUUGGUUAUAACUUUACACAUAAAAUGUUAGUAAGUGAUUUUCACACACUAAAAUCAUGUUUACAUGCAUAUUGUUUACAUCUUGUGACUACACUUUUGAAAAAGUGAGUAUUUUAACGUUCAAAACUGGGCCCCUAUUCACUUCCAUUGUAAGUGCCUCAUUGUAACCCAGAUUGUUGCUUUUAUUUUUAAAGAGAAGGAGGGGCAAAUCCAAAUAAAUUGUGUUAAUAAAUAUUAUGCCACAAAUGCUGCCGAUUAAGCUUAACUGGUAUUGAAUCAAAAAAAAAAAAAAAAAAAAAAAAAACAAGAUACUGUAUAUCAACAAUUUUGCUGUGCUGCCUAGGUCUUGUGCCAACUCCCAGAUAUUUUAAUCAGUACACUGGUGAAAACAUGAUAUCAGCAUCCUUUAAAUCAUAUUUUAAAAGGCUCAAAGCUCUCCCAUGCCUAAGAUGAUCGUGGAUAUGUAAUGAUAAUAAAUGCAACAUGGGAAAACUGAUAAACAAAUAAAGACUUUACCUAAAUAAA